AUGGCAAGUCAAACCUCUGUCAAACAAACGUUCAAGGUGCCUGUUGGUCAUAUAGUGAUUUGUGGGAAAUGGCGAGGAUCUGAUCUGUCUGCUAUUCUCCAAGGAGGUGUGCAAGUUUUAUAUGAAGAUGGUCUAGGCUUGAUUGAUUUUUACCCAACUGGAAACUUGGGUGUGGUUUACCUACCAGAGGCCGAUCUUAUUACCUGUGGUACCUAUAAAAGGAAAUUAGCCAAACUUAGAAAGGCCAACAAAAUCUGUGUUCUAGUGAUGGCUGAGAGGACCUCGACCAGUCAACAGUACUACUCUCCACUACAGAACUUUUGUAUGCUGGAGCUUGGCUUCUCACUUCUUCCAGUUCCCAGUCAGAGAGAGGCUGCUAGUCUGCUUAUACAAAUGGUUCACAAUGAAGGGAAAUCUGCAGAACUAAACCCCUUCUGUAAGAAGAAAAAGAAUGUCCAUCUUGAUCCUGCGAUCCUUACUACCCUGCAGUGUGUUCCCAAGCUUGGAGAAGUCAAGGCUAAACUAUUACUUCAAACAUUUAAAAAUAUUCAGAAUAUUUCUGUGGCAUCUGUAGAGGAACUUGCGGCUGUCGUUGGAAAAGCAAGUGCUGCACAAGUGAAGACAUUUUUCUCUGAGGGUGUUACAUGA